AGAAUUUAAAUUGAACAUCUUUAUUUAACAAUACAAUCAAUAUCAACAUCUUAUUUAUUAUGAGAAGAUAAAAAUAAUUGAGCAAUGCUUAUUCGCAUAUAAAUUUAUAAAUGUCUAAAUAAAAAAAUAGAUCACAAUUGUUCACAAGAGAUUGGAAUGUGCUGUUAUAAAAAUUUAAGUACAAUAUUAAAAAAAAUUACACUACAACAAACUAUAUAUCACAAAACAAUUUACUUUUUGUAAUUGACUUUAUUUUAUUAUAAAAUAAAAAGAACAAACCUUUUUAAGAAAGUACUUUUUUUACUUUUAUGCUAUCUGUGGCUGAGUUAAAAUUAAAUAACAAACAUGAUAAUGAAAACAGAUAAAAACAUGAGAUUUUCAAUUAAAUUGUGCUGUGUAUUAUUUUUAAGUAGAGUACCAGAUAAUUACUAUCAUCAGUUAUAAAUAUAACAGAAGCUUUUAGAUAAAUUUUGAAAUAUCAAUUCCAUUCAAUAACAAGUUUAAGACACAUUUAAUGCACAAGAAAUGACAAAAAUAACUGAAUGUUUAGCGAAUAGUUCUGAUGAUUGCGAUGAUCUGAUGAUGAAGAAUUUUUCUAAGAGAAUGUUAAAAACCCAGAUGUUCAUUGGAAAUUUCGUGGAAAAACGAUUUGUGGAACCUCUAAACUCUUACAGAGACGUAGUGAAAAUUGACGCCGAUGAGACAGACUUUAUUGAAAAUGUGUUAGCAGUUAAGAAGAAAGUUAAACAAGAACUCCGAGCUAAUGUAUUGAAAAACCCUGUUUGGGUUGGAAUUACAGAUCCUUCUAUGAUUGGUGCUCCUGUUGGUUAUAACUUGUGGGUAAUAUUACCUGUUGAGGUGUUUGGCACAUAUUGGUUUAAAGUAAAAACAGUGGAGUUUCUACAAAAUGAAGUAAGACUUAAACUGGAGGUAGUGAGAUCUUUAAAGAGUGAAAAGUCAUAUUCAGAGGCAGUAGUGAACAAAGAGACUAUAGACUUAAAAUCGUAUCUUGAAAACAUACCUCAGGUUUUAAAAAAUAACUUUCUUCAGUUUUGUAACAACCACGUGACUGUAAGCAAUGUGAAGGAAACUAUAACUUUUAUUUUUGUUCUUCUUGGAACACUUCUUGCUGGAGGUAUUAAUUUAAUUCAUUACUUAAUGGAAUAUUUUCUUAAACUCCUAAGGGAGAUAUCAUCUCUUAUUAAAGUUUCUACACCAAUAUUUAUUACUUUUAUAAAUUUAAUUGGAAAGACUGUAUACGGAUUGUAUGCACUGAUAGCAAGUUUAUGGCAUGGUAGACGUACUCAACAACCAAUAUACAAUGCUUAUUACAGUGUGGAUCCAAAUUCUAUAGCAUUUCAAAACUCAUAUGGAAGAUCUAACUACUUAAAUAAUAAUAGAGCAUAUAGAGCAUUACCCUAUGGAUCUGCAAGAAUAACACCUUUAGAUGAUUAAGUCAGGAUUAAAUGUAAUUAUAUUUAAUAGAAUAUAAAGGAAAUGGGUUUAUUAUAAAUUUAUUUCCUAACAUUGUUUUAUUUAUAACUUAGUUUCUUUUUAAUAUAGGUGAUAAACUACUAGUGAUGGGACUAAUUAUAAGAUUAAGUUUGUAUGAUAAUGUUAAUAUAAAGUUGUUAAGA